AUGCACAAAGUGCUCGUGCGGUUUGAAAGGGGUAUACAAACCGAGAAGAUUGUCACACAAGUCUCUGCUGAAAUCUCGUACCAGAUUCUUGUGAAGAAAUUAUUAGAAAACUUUGAAAAGCUCGAUGUAGCAUCUGAAACAAAAUUUCAAAUUCAUUUCUUCAACGAGACACUCAAUGAUAUUGAACUCAUCACCUCCGAUGAUGGCAUCAAAUCAUUUGUGUCUCAGAUUUCUAAACCAAACGUAAAGAGAGAAAACAAAUGUCUCAUAUUUAAGGUCAUAGAUCACAAGUCGCUACAAGUUGAAGAGUUUCCUGCUGUAACCAACACUCACGCUGAGAAGGCCGGCACCGAUUUAAGAUUUGCUCCAACGACAUUUGAAGUGAAGAGUACUUCCACCACAGCACCGAAACACGUGAUCACUAAACAGCAGGAAGAGCCACAUCAAAAUGAUUCGAGACUCGCACCCAAUUCAUUUCUGGUUGAGAACAAAGAGUGUGUUGAGAACGAUUCAAGAAUUGCCAACACAUCAUUCCAUGUUCCAAAUAGCAAUGUUCAAGCAAUGAACGAACCAUCAAUGUCAAAUGAUGAUAUUUCAGAAACAGCACAAGAAGAGAAGAAAUUUGAACAAGUAUUGAAUGAAAACUAUGGUUCAUUGCAAUUUAUUGCAACAGGUGGAUUUGGACAAGUUUACAAAGGAAUUAACAAAAAGAAUGGAAGACAAGUUGCAGUGAAAGUGAUGAAAACGAGUGAUUGGGAAGAUGCAAACAAAGUGAUCAAAGAAUUUCAAAGAAUGGUUCAAUUAGAACAUGAAAAUAUUGUCAAGACAUUCAAAUCAUAUUUUGCAGGAGGAAUGAAAUCAAUUGUGAUUGAAAUGGAGUUAAUGAUUGGAAGUUUAUAUGAAUUAAUCAUUUCAAAGAAAGUUGUAUUGAAUGAAAAGAUGGUUUUGAAAAUAUUGAAAGAGAGUUGUCAAGCAUUGGAGUGGAUUCAAUCUCGUCACAAUAUUGUUCAUCGAGAUAUUAAACCACAUAAUAUUUUGAUAAGAAGAUUGGAUUUACAAAAAGAAGAGAUUGAAAUUGGACUUUGUGAUUUUGGAAUGGCGAGAAGUAUUGAAUCUGUGAAUAAUACAACACUUGGAGGAACAAAUCUUUAUUUCUCUCCUGAAGUUAUGGAUGAAUGGAAUGGAAGAUCCAAUCAUGAAGAAGUAUUUUCAUUUUCAAGUGAUGUAUUUGCAUUGGGAGUGAGCAUUUAUCAAUUAAUGACAUUUGAUAUGAGUACAACAUGGUCCACUCUUUCAACACAAUCAACUUAUGAAAAUAUUCAGAAAACCAUUCAUUCAAAUUUAAAAUCAAACUCAUUUACAGAUUUUAUUGUGGAAUUACUCAUUGAAAUGUUGAAAUCAAAACCAACAGAUCGAAUCACAACCUCUCAAAUAUUGAAUAGAAUAGCUCUCUAUCAACAAUACCAGUAUGACCACAAAUUAGAUCAACACUGUUCGUCAACAUCUCAACCCUCCUCAACAUGGCACGUGGGACUUGUUCAAAAUUUUCUUGGAGACAUGUACCAUAGGAAUGAUGAGGAAUCUUCAAAGGCGUUGGAAUGGUACAUGAAAGCAGCUGACAAUGGCAAUGCACAAGCACAGUUCGCUCUUGCUGAAAUGUACGAAAAAGGACAAGGCAUUGAAGUGGAUAUUCAUCAAGCUAAGAGCUGGUAUGAGAAAUCGGCCGUUGGUGGUCAUGCACAAGCUCAAUACAAAGCUGGUGUCUUUUGUGAGUUUGACGGUACACACAAGAAAGCCAUGGAUUGGUUUCUUAAGGCUGCCGGUCAAGGAAUUGUAGAUGCUCAAUAUCGACUCGGUGUGUUAUAUUGGAAAUCUGAUGAUGAAAAGCAAGCAAUUCGUUGGCUGACAGAAGCUGCAUCUCAAUCUCAUAUAGAAGCUAUGGAAUACAUUGGAGACAUUUAUGAUAGCAAACAAGAGUAUGAAAAAGCUUUGGAAUGGUAUGAAAAAUGUUCAGGUACACAACACGUACAAUUCAAAAUAGCGACAAUUUUCAAAUACGGAUUGCAGAAUGAAUGCAAAGCGUUUGAGUGGUAUUUGAAAUCAGCCGAGAAUGGUCAUCCUAAUGGUCAAUACUCACUUGGAGAUUGCUAUAGAAACGGGAGCGGUGUAUCUCAGGAUUUCCACAAGGCCAUGGAAUGGUAUGAGAAAUCUGCUAAUCAAGGAUUCUAUUUGGCCCAAAAAGAACUCGGUAACAUUUAUGAAAAUGCUUCCCAGCAAUUCUGUUCUGAAGCAGAUUUUGAGCUUGGUAUUUUAUAUGAAAGAGGACAGGAUGGUAUUGGACAAGACAUUACCAAAGCAUUGGAUUACUUUAACAAAGCAGCAAAAAGUGAAAACUCCAAAUCACAAUUACAUCUCGGACAACUUUAUGAACAUGGUCACCUCGUUCAACAAGAUAUUUCUCAAGCGCUGUAUUGGUACGAAAAAGCAGCUAAUAAUGACAACAAACAUGCUCAAUUUCUGUUAGGUCGCAUGUAUGAAGCAGGUGUCCAUGUAAACCGAGAUUUGGAGCAAGCUUUGAAUUGGUAUGACAGAGCAUCCACAAACUUCAACGUGGUUGCAAAUCUCCACAAAUACUUGUUGCAACGAAAUCUACAGCAGUAUUCUACCUUGACAAGUACACAUGAAGACUUUGAUUUCAGUGACGAGAUGAUCAAUAAGUAUAUGGAUAUUUCUGAAAUGGCAACGAGUGAUGUAGCAUCAGAGGUCGUUCCACAUUGCUCGUAUUCGACCUACUUCAAUUCUUUGAAAUGGAACGAAGAAUUAGCCCAAAAGGGAAAUCACUUUGCACAACAUAAUCUCGGUUAUUUGUACUGGAAAGGAAUUGGAGUUGAGAAACACAUUCAAAAAGCAUUAGAAUAUUUUGAAACAGCAGCCAAUAAUGGAAAUGGUGAUGCUCAAUUACUCAUUGGACUUUUAUUGAAAAAUGGAGAAGAUGAAAUGAAUUUACUUCAAAGCAUUUCACGAGGUGUUGAAUUUCUUGAAAAAUCAGCCAACCAAAACAAUCUUAUUGCGCAAGUGGAACUGGGAAAGUAUCAUGAACAGCAGCAGAAUAUGCAAAAGCAAUGGAAUGCCUACGACUGGUAUUCCAAAGCGGAUGAUCCUCGAGCGUUUGUUCUCUCGUUCGAACAUGGUCUAGUUCUAAACAAAACCGAAAAUGAAUGUUUUGAAGAGGACGAUCCUCUAUUGGAUGAGAACGAUGAACUGCUGCUGACCAUCGACAAGGAUGGAACCUUUACUCAAAACUAUGAUGAACAAGAAGAGGAGUAUAACCCACCAACAUAUGGACCAUUGGAUGAAAAUAAUGAUCAUACACCCUCAGUAUUCAGCACAUACGUUCCACCACCGAUGGACCCCGCACAAUUAGAGCUUGAAAAGGAAAUUGAAAAGUACGAAAGGGACGCAAAAAGAGGAGAUGUACAUGCCCAAGUGGCAUUGGCAAAACUAUAUGAACAACAAGAUCCAAUAGUACAUGAUCGUGAUACCGUUUUUUGGUAUUCAAAAGCUGCCCAGACUGGACAUGUUGAAUCACAGCUCGCUCUUGCAAGAUAUUUCAAAAGCAGAUACAAUUUAAAUGAAGCAGUGAUAUGGUUCAAGAAAGCAGCAUCCAAUGGAAGUAUUGAAGCUAAUUAUGAAUGUGGUUUACUCUAUCAACAUCAUCUCUCAGACUCCACCAAAGCGAUCGAAUGUUUGGAAAAGGCCGCAGCACAAUCUCAUGUGGAAUCGAUGAAAACUCUUGGAUCUAUCUAUGAAUCAACAUCAUUUUCUAACCCAACCGAUGGUGAAAAAGCGAUUGAAUGGUACUUGAAAUGUGUCGAAUCAGGAGGUUACGAUGAUCUGUAUUUUAACAUGGCUUUCAUUUACGAAAAUUCUUUACGAAAUCCCAAAACAGCUUUUGAGUGGUAUCUCAAGUCAGCGGAAUCUGGUGACGAACGUAGCCAAUUUAAAGUUGCAGUUUUCUAUAGAUUUGGCUUGAGUGUGACAACAAUAGAUGUCUCCAAAGCAAUGGAAUGGUAUGAAAAAUCAGCCAAAAACGGUUAUGCUGCUGCUCAACAAGAAUUAGGCACAAUUUAUGAAAUUGGUGACUGUGGACAAAUGAAAGACUAUUCAAAAUCAUUCUAUUGGUACUCUCAAUGUGAUCCCAAGUGUAACAUUGGAAUGGUCUUUUUUAAACUUGGUGAAUAUUAUCGGACUGGAAAAGGAGUUGAAGUGAAUUAUGAAAAAGCUUUUGAAAAUUAUGAAAAGGCUAUUAACCUAUUUGUCACAGAUGCAUUAUAUCCACUCGGCCUCCUCUAUGAAAGAGGGCUUGGUGUUCAACAAGAUUGUACCAAAGCUUUAGAAUGCUUUGAAAAGGUGGCCAACGAAGGUUUUAAUGCCUUGAGUUUGAUACAUUUAGGAGACGUCUAUUUAUAUGGAAAGAUAGUUGAGAAAGAUAUUUCAAAAGCUAUUCACUAUUAUGAACGAGUAGCAACGUCUUUCAUGGCCUUUCAAAAACAGCAUUAUGGAAAUUUCAUGCUAGGACUAAUUUAUGAAACAGGAAUUGAUGUUGAGAGAAACUUAUCAAAAGCAUUGGAAUAUUAUGAAAAGGCCAUGCUUGCUCAAAAUCUUGUUGCCAGAUUUCAUUGGUAUCUACUUCAACGAAAUGCACAAAAUUAUGUGAAAACAGCUCAAUGGGAUUCACAUGAUUUUUCUGUACUAAAUUGGCUUAGCACUGACUUUUAUGACAUUUGGGAAGAGAAUACAGAACAUACUUAUGCUACCUAUUCUCCAGCCUUGGAAUGGUAUGAACAAUUAGCGAACACAGGUGAUCAUAUCGCACAAAAUAAUCUUGCCUAUAUUUAUUGGAAAGGUAUUGGAGUAGAGAAAAAUAUUCUGAAAGCCUUUGAGUAUUUUGAAAAAGCAGCCAAUAAUGGAAAUGGCGAUGCUCAAUUACAAAUGGCAUUAGUAUUUUUACAUGAUGACCGACAAGGUAGCUGUGCUAAAGGAAUUGAAAUGCUUGAAAAAAAAGCCAGUCUUGGAAAUAUGGGAGCACAAUUUGAACUCGGUACCUACUACGAAACAAAUCAAGAAUAUUCUCAAGCGCUGACAUGGUAUGAACAGUCAGCGUCUCAAGGUUUCAAGCCAGCAAUGCUUGGAUUAGGCAAUUUGUAUGAGAAAGGAUUGGGUGUUGAACAAAACGCAAAGGAAGCACUUUUGAGUUGUUAUAUUUUGGCACCUUACACCUUACACUUAGUGUCAGUGUCGUUUGCAUUUGACACUUGA